GCCGGCCUGUCUGUUACGGAAGAGGCUGGCAGCAGCAGCUGUGGUGUUUAGAUUCGGUUUAAUCUGAAUUCGGUUUAAAUUAACCGGAUUAAUUUAGUGUUUAAAGACGCAGAGCCGCGGUGCUGCAGUGUGGAGGAGGCGGGGAGAGUUAGGAGCUCAGAAAACCCGAGUUUAACCGAUUUAACAUCUGAUUACGUUCUGCAGGGGAAGCUGAGAGUGAUCUGUAGCUGAGAAUGCUGGACGUUGUCUCGGGCGGGGGGGAUCGGGGGGACGCGUCUCAGUCUCCGGUUAAAGACGCCUCGUCUCUGGACUCCAGCUCUGAGUCAGGGAGCUCUAAAGCUCUGAACUUUGACCUUCUCAACAUGGUGGUUUCCUACAAACGCAUGGCCAUUUUUCUGGAGCCGGUGACUGACGCGCUGGAGGUGCUGCGGUACCUGCUCGGAUGGAGAUUACCACUGUGUUCUCUGCUCUGCUGCAUCCUGCUGAACAUCCUCUUCAUCACCUUGAGUCAAGUGGCGUGGUUCUCUGUGCUACUGUUGGUGGUGUCUGUGCCGGCUGUGUUGGGGUACGUUGGUGAGCGCUGUCAUGGCGAUGCGAGUGAGACGGCGCUGCAGAAGAAGAAGCAUUACGCCGUUCAGCGCCGAGAACUGCAGACCGUCAACAUCAGCCGACAGGAGGCCAUGCUGGAGGUCAAGAGCCUGCUAAAGCAGCUGGACGAUCUGUUGACUCAGGCGUGUGGGUAUGCAGAAUCUGUCUAUAAGGUCUUAUACUGGGAGAGUCAUGCAACUUCUUCUGUGUUUUACGGGUUUCUGCUGAUGAUGGUGUGUUUGCUGUACUCAGCUCCUGUGGGCUGGAGUCUGUCUCUGGUGAACAGCGCCCUCUUCCUGUGGAACCGUGACUUCUGCAGGGUUCUGCUGCAGAUGAAGAGCUUCUUCCACUCGUCUUCAUCACAGCCUGCAGAGGGAGACACUGAGAGGAGCGAUACAGAACCGGGAAACUUACUGGACCGGACCCCCACACCCACCAGCCUGGAGGAUCUCUCACCUGGAAGUGUUGAAGAGGCUGAGGAGGCGGAGCCUGAUGACGAGUUUAAAGACGCCAUAGAGGUGUUUCCUGCAGUAAUCGGACUGUGGAGACGCAUAGUUCGUAAGGAUGAUGAGGAGACCGUGUCCGUAUGCAGUUCUGAUUACGACUCCGUAUCUGAUAACGGCCUGCUGAGCAGGAACGAGCCGAUACGCAGCAAAGUGUCCAAACUAACGGAGAAACUCCGCAAGCGUGUGCCCACCAACCCCACCGGUAACUGCUCCAGCUGUGCUGCAGCGUUCUCUGUGCUGAAGAAGAGGAGGCACUGCACUAACUGUGGAGUUAGCUUCUGUUCUCGCUGCUGCUCUUUCAAAGUCUUCAAGUCCAGUAUGGGAGCCACAGCUCCAGAGGCUCAGAGAGAGACGGUGUUUGUGUGUGCUAUGUGUAACGCCGCUCUCAGCAGCAAGUAGGACCUGCAUCCCAUAAUAAUCCACCCCUCCAUCACAACUCCACACAGAUCUCCUUCGGCAACAGGAGCGGUGGGCGGAGCCGGACUUGCUCUGAUGCUGUAAAGAAACUGAGCUGUUUGCUUCCUGCUUCCUCCAUCUUGCCUUGUUUUAUUCUCUUCCUGCUGUUUUAUUGUUAAAGACCCAUCAGGAGGCUCUCAGAACCUCGCCUUCCAACACAGACGGAUCUGUCAGAACCUGGAGAACCUGAGGGAACCUACGAGAAUUUGAGGAAACCUUAGAUAACGUUGGAGAACCUGAGAAAACCUGAGGAAACUUUAGAGAACCUGGGAAAACAUUUAGGGAACCUGGGAGAACCUGAGGGGACUUGCAAGAACCUGAGGGAACCUUGGAGAACCUUGAGGGAGCUUGUGCCAUUUUUAACCACUAUAAUGUGGCCACUUGUACCAUUAGCAUGCUCUUUUGUCAAUCAAUCUAAGGACAGUUUUAGUAUGGCUUCAGAACCCUCUUUUAGCAGUACUUUUUUUUGGUCCAUAUUUGUUGGAUGAUGUCCACAUAAGCAAUGGUUUUCAGGUGGUUAGUGAUUGGACCUCUUAAUCUCUUUUUCUUUUUAAUCAUUCCUUACCUUUUAUUAUUGACCACCUACUGCUGUUGUGAUGUUCUGGAACCAUCAAGUAUAGAUGUGACAUCAGGUUUUCAGAAUAUCAGCUGCUCGUCUGAUGUUCUAGUAACAGUAACGUUUUAAAACCACCAAUAGAAUCGCAAAAAUGAUGACAGUGACAUCAUGUUUUAGCUGCUGUUGUGGAAUUAUAUUCUAGAACCACAAACCUGCAUUGUGGAAUGAUGUUCUAAAAGCAGUAGUUUCUGUUGUGGCAUCAUAUUCUAGAACUAGCUGCUGUUGUGACAUCAUAUUCUAGAACUAGCUGCUGUUGUGACAUCACAUUUUAGAAACACUAACAGUCUAGAAGUAGCAACUGUUGUUGUGGUGUUAUGUUCUAGAAUCGCAGUAACUGCUGUUGUGUCAUCAUGUUCUACAACCACCAACAGAACGUAUACCUGUGACAUCAGGUUUUCAGAACAUCAGAUGCUUGUGUAAUGUUCUAGAUGCAGUUACUGCUGUUGUGGCAUCAUUUUGUGGAAUUUCGAAAGUUACGACAGUGACGUCAUGUUUUAGCUGCUGUUCUUGCAUCAUAUUCUACAACCACAAACUGGGGUUGUGGAAUUAUGUUCUAAAAGCAGUAAUUUCUGUUGUGGCAUAACAUUCUAGAACCAGCUGCUGUUGUGACAUCACAUUUUAGAACCAGCUGCUGUUGUGACAUCACAUUUUAGAACUAGCUGCUGUUGUGACAUCACAUUUUAGAACUAGCUGCUGUUGUGUCAUCACAUUCUAGAACCACCAGUGGUGGUUGUGGCAUAAUGUUCUAAAAGCAGUAACUGCUGUUGUGGCAUCAUACUCUAGAACUAGUUGCUGUUGUGACAUCAUGUUCUAGAACCACUAGUGACAGUUGUGUCAUCAUGUUCUAGAACCACAAACUGCUGUUGUGGCAUCAUGUUCUAGAACCACAACCUGCUGCUUUGGCUUUAUGUUCUAGAAGUAAGUGUUUUGUGGCAUCAUAUUCUUGAACCACAAACUGCUGUUGUUGCAUCAUGUUCUAGAACCACAAAUUGCUGUUGUGGCGUCAUAUUCUAGAAGUAGCAACUUGUUGUGGAAACAUAUUCUAGAACUAGCUGUUGUUGUGGCAUCAUGUUCUAGAACCACAAAUUGCUGUUGUGGCAUCACAUUUUAGAAAUAGCAACUUGUUGUUGUGGCAACACAUUCUAGAACUAGUUGUUGUUAUGGCAUCAUGUUCUAGAACCACCAAUGACAGUUGUGGCAUCAUGUUUUAAAAGCAGUUAUUGUUGUUGUGACAUCACAUUCUAGAGCUAGCUGGUGCUGUGUUCUAGAACCACCAGUUACUACAGUGGCAUUGGGCUUUAGUUUAAUUGUGUUAUUGUGAUGUAUUUAUAUCGUCUUCCAGAGACACCAUCGCCAACCUUUACUUCAACAUUAACUAGAACCAUCAGAUAUGGCCAUGACAUCACGUUCUAGAACUAGCAGCUGCUGCUGUUGUGACGCUGUGAGUCAUGGUGAUGUUGUUUGGGGAGAUUUCCAAAGAUUUGUUCCUUAAAUGAGAACAUUUUAGCGGUUCCAGAAGGUUCCAGAGCAUGUUUGUGUGACGUCACUGAUCUAAACUUGAUCCUCCAGGUGGUUUGGGAUGAUCUUCUGCUGUUUUCUUUAUUUAUUUAAUUUAAUUAAUUGUGUUAUUUUCACACAUUUGAUGAAGAUGGUGUUUUUUUAAUGAGGUAAAUUUUGUCUGGUUAAAUUUGAAUAGACAUUUUUUUGAGCUGCACUUCAGAUUCUCUAACAUCUAGAACCAAAUUCUUGAAGAAUUGUCCAGGCAGUUGAUUUUACAGAUCAAAUUUUAAACUGAAUGGUUUAUUCUAUAUCAGUUAUCAUUCUUAUUUUUAAAAGCUUUAAUGACAUUUUUUUAUUUGUUUUGUAUAUUUCUUUUUAAUAUACAAUCUAAUGUUUGUGGACAGUCCUGCUUCUAAUAAAUGCACACACAGCUUGGACAAUUCUAGCCCGUUGGUCACGAUCAUUUCCACCCACAGUGGACAACAUCUGCAGAACGUGGUAAUGAUCGUGGCCGGGAGCUUCUGGCUAGAAUUGUCCAUGGCCUUUUAUAAUAUAUUCCUGGUACACCCAUGACAAUGUGGAUUGAGAAAUGGUAAAUGCACGCACAACUUCUAAAAAGUAGUAAGAUAACACCUCACAACUUAUACCAUGACUUUAGGCACAUCAGUGUUUUUUGCUGUGCUUUUUUGUACUGUACUGAUUAAAUUGAUGGCUGCUGCUGAUUGGGUAUUGUUAGCUAUUGGUUAUUGUUUCUUAUCAGCCAACCACCAAUCAGGAUUCACCAAAAGAACACUUUAGAGUCAUCACACUCAUCAUACUGGUCUAAUCAAGUCUUUGUGUUGAUUGAUCUGAUCAUCAUAAUCAUCAUUAUAUUUCAGUUAAUCACUGAACUCAACGGUUUCCUCCUUCUGAAGCUGCUCUUAUUUAUUCUAAUUGUUCUGAUCGUUCAUAUCAUGCUGUUUUAUAUUAAUGCACACAGAUGGAUUAUGAAGGGGAAAUAUGGAUUAAUUUUAUUUUGAAUGUUUUUUUUUUUCACAUAAUUGUUUAAUUAUUGAUUAUUUUAAUUAAAUGAUGAAUUUUGAGCUGAAUGUAUGUAUGAGUGUAUAUAAUAUAUUUUAGCUGCCGUGGUUGAGUGUGAUCUCUCUGCACUGUAAUAUAUGUACUAGUGCAUCUAGUUACUUUUUACAAAAGUUACUUUAUUGUAGGAAUUCAUUUCAAAAUAUGAAACUCAUAUAUUAUAUAGAUGUAUUAAACACAGAGUGAUCUAUUUACGUGUUUAUUUCUUUUAUUGUGUAUGAUUAUGGCUUAGUGGUUUACUUAUGGCAGUGUGGGCAGUGUGCCAAGUCCUGCUGGAAAAUGAAAUCUGCAUCUCCAUAAAAGUUGACACAGUGGAUCAAAACCAAACCAUCACUGAUUGGUGGAAACUUCACACUAGACAUCAAGCUCUAGACAUUGAUUUUCAAAUGAAAUGUAAAAUUUACUGAUCAGUGAUGGUUUGGAGAGACAUGUCAUCUGCUGGUGUUGGACCACUGUGUUAAUUCAACUUUUAUGGAGAUGUGGAUUUCAUUUUCCAGCAGGACUUGGCACACUGCCCACACUGCUAAAAGUACCAAUUGGUCUUGGGCUGGUUUUUGGGUUUUCAUUAGCUGUAAACCAUAAUCAUCAACAAUAAUAAAAAAAAUUGCUUAAAAUAUAUCACUCUGUGUUUUAAUACAUCUAUAUAAUAUGAGUUUCACAUUUUCAACUGAAUUACUGAAAUAAAGUAACUUUUUUCAAUGAUAUUAAAUUGUUUUAGAUGCACUAGUGUAUAUAAACAUACACCACUGUAUUACUGUUUGAUCAUCUUCACUGUAAAUUUCUGUAUCUCUCACAGACUCUGCAGUCCUGCAGCCUGACUGUAGCAUUAGCCCGUGUGCUGUUUUAAUUAAUAAUUAAUAAUCGAUUCAGAAAACUCUGUUACUGUAAUAAUA